AUAAAACAUCACAAGUCGAUUUCAAUCCAAACAUUAAAGUAUUCAUUUUGUAAAAUCUAUUCUCAAUCUUUUCUCAAAUUAUUCCUCUAUCCAUACAUUCAUCAUGAAUGGACAAAGUUUCAUCUUAUUAUUGAUUGUAAUUUCAUCUAUUCACUGUACUUCCAUCAUGCCGGAUCCUGCAAAAGUCUUUAACGACAUGUGCCGAGCCCGACUAAAAGCAAUAAAGGAAGGAACUUUUGAAAAAUUGAUAAAAGAUAGAGAAGCCAUGAAGGAAGCAGGACUGUCUAAGGAUGUACUUGCUGCUGUGAACAAAUGUGAAGAAGCUUUGCCGUUGAUGACUGCUGACCAAAAUACUAAAGUUUGUGGCGAUAUGAAGGCUAAUUUACCUAAAUUUACCGAGAUGGUCAAUUGUAUACAUAAAGCGAUUUCCAGUUCUAAUAGAAGCGCUUUGGGAAACGAUCCACUCUUUUCAUAAUUUCGAGCUAAAUCGCUAGAAAAGAUCACACCAAGAUUAAUGCUUACAAACUUUGUUAGCUAAAAAACAUGAAAUGUCCUAAUGAGCUUCAUAAACAAAACUUGGCCACUCCAUCCAAAAGUGAAUCAAGAUAUACCUGAACAAAGCAACAA